GAAAAUAACAAAAAAUAAAUAUAAUAUUUCAUCAUGAAAGGAAAUGAAAAAGAGAAGAAAAGAAAACAUUUAUUAUUUGAAUGUAACUUUCUUGGUGUAAGAAGAAGCGAAGUUCUUUAAAUAUGAUUCCAAAUUCUUUUUGCGAAGAUGAAAGAGUAACACAGAAGAAAGAGUUGGUCAGUUAAUGGGUUGUUGGUUGUUGCUGUAACUUCGAGAUGUCGGAGGUGACAGAUGAAACUGAACGACGUCGUUCGGCGGAGACUCGGUAUCGCAAAAAGCUUUUCCUUCUCAGAGCUAUGGGAAGCGUAAGAGGAUUAGGUCGCCGACCAAUCCUGUUUCUUUUCUUUAUCUUUUUUCACCUUCAAGUUUAUGCAGUUUCAAAUCUUUUUCAUUCUUUUGAUGUUGUUUGGACGACUGGAAUUGCGUUGUACUCAGUGAGAUUGUUGGAGGAGGCUUUAAAGAGCAGUCUUGCGAAAACUGAGCAAGACCUCAGGUACUUGGAAGGUGCUGCUUUUUGGGUUGGUCGUGUUGUAAGGCCUAAUGGCAGUGAACGCUUUAUUGUAGAAUCAGAAGUUGGAUUUAGAUAUAUAGUUGACUAUGAUAGGAAGGUGGACAAGAAGAAGAUAACUGAAGAAACAAGAGUUUUCCUGCACAAGAGGACGCUGACCAUAAUGGGAAUUCUUCCUCGCCAAGUAUACAUUUCCAUAAGCCAUUAUUCUUGGAUUAGAUAG